AUGGCGAGAAUAAUAUGCUCAAACCUUAUUCCUUCAAUUUCAUCACUACCACUGAAGCCUUCACUCCGGUUCCAAUGGCCAAAUCUUUCAAAUUCUUCGCAUUCGAUGCUUUUCGUGAACAGGCGAUUUUCGGCAGCGAAGAUAAGCAUGAGCUUGAAAGCCGGCAUCGUCGGCCUCCCCAAUGUCGGAAAAUCCACUCUAUUUAAUGCCGUCGUUGAGAAUGGAAAAGCUCAAGCUGCAAAUUUUCCUUUCUGUACGAUAGAACCAAAUGUAGGAAUUGUAUCUGUUCCUGAUCUGCGUCUUAACGUACUUUCUGAACUCAGUAAAUCACAACGAGCAGUCCCAGCAUCCAUAGAGUUUGUUGAUAUUGCAGGGCUUGUAAAAGGAGCUAAUCAAGGAGAGGGUUUGGGUAAUAAAUUCUUAUCCCACAUUCGAGAAGUAGACUCCAUACUUCAGGUUGUGCGCUGUUUUGAAGAUAAUGAUAUUGUUCAUGUGAACGGAAAAGUUGAUCCAAAAUCUGACAUCGAUGUUAUCAAUUUGGAGUUAGUCUUCUCAGAUUUAGAUCAGGUUGAGAAGAGACUGGAGAAACUGAAGAAAGGCAAAGCUAAAGAUUCACAAUCCAAAAUGAAGGAAGAAGCAGAGAAGUCUGCUCUGGAAAAUAUCCUACAGGCACUGAUGGAUGGAAAACCAGCACGAUCUGUAUCUUUGACUGAUUUUCAGAAGGAUGCUGUAAAGCAUCUUUGUUUACUUACAAUGAAACCUGUCAUAUAUGUAGCAAAUGUGGCAGAAUCUGAUCUAGCUGAGCCUGAAAGCAAUUCUCAUGUCAAAGAAGUCAUGAACCUUGCUUCUGAGUUACAAUCUGGACUAGUAACUGUCUCAGCACAGGUUGAAGCAGAACUGACUGAACUUCCACCAGAAGAAAGGAUAGAAUAUUUGAAGUCUCUUGGUGUCGAUGAAAGUGGACUGGGAAAUCUUAUUAGGGAAACAUAUGGGCUUCUGGGACUGAGAACAUAUUUUACUUCUGGAGAGAAGGAAACAAAAGCCUGGACCAUACAGGCAGGAAUGACUGCACCUCAAGCAGCGGGGGUUAUACACUCUGAUUUUGAGAGGGGAUUCAUUCGAGCAGAGACGGUUGCUUAUGAUGAUUUUGUUGCUGCUCGUUCAUUUGCCACUGCAAGGGAGAAGGGACUUUUGAGAUCGGAGGGAAAAGAUUAUGUCGUACGAGAAGGGGAUGUGAUGCUAUUCCGGUUUAAUUUGAUGGGACAUAUGGCUUUCAUGCAAUCCAAUAAACCUUCCACUAAGCCACUUAGCGGCGGUAUUGCUGUAGCAAAACCAUGGGAGCAAGCUGGAAAGCGUGAUUUGAACGGUGGUAAAGUGGCCCACAAUACCUACAAUCCACCAUUUUCGUGCAACUUGCCACCAGCAAAAUGCACUCUCAUCCUCAUAUCCACUCUGUAA